AUUUCAAGCCAGAAAUCAAGAAAAGCAGACGCGCGACCCACGCUGACCCAUUCGUGCGCCACGUGGCUUCACGCUUGCGUCCUUGCAAGUCAACCCGAGCCUUGUCCUUUCAUCUCCAUCUUCAAGCAUCUUCUUGCAUCGAUCACCACACUUUCUGGUCAACAGGCAGCCUUCAAAAUGGGAAGUCCCAUGGAGUACAAUGGCGGUUCGGUGGUAGCAAUGGUUGGGAAGGAUUGUGUCGCCAUCGCCACGGAUCUGCGACUAGGACAGCAGUCCAUAGGUGUGGCCUACAACUUUGACAAAGUCGUCGCUGUGAAUGACAAAUUGUAUUACGGAUUACCUGGACUCGCAACGGACGUGUACUCACUACGCGAGCAUCUUCGAUUCCGUGUCAACAUGUACCGAAUGAAGGAGGAACGUGAAAUCACCCCAAAGACUUUUACCCAUCUGGUCUCCAGCUCACUCUACGAGAAGCGCUUUGGACCAUGGUUCAUUGAGCCUGUCGUUGCGGGAUUGCCUCAACCUACCGAGCUCGAUCCGCAUCCUAAACCCUUCAUCUCCACUAUGGACACAAUCGGCUGUAUCACUACGCCGAAAGACUUCGCGGUUGCCGGCACUGCCGCAGACAAACUUUAUGGUGCCGCUGAAGGCUUGUGGGAACCUGACCUGGAACCUGAUGAUUUGUUCGAGACCAUCUCCCAAACUCUUCUGAACGCGGUCGAUCGUGAUUGCCUCAGUGGAUGGGGUGCAAUCGUGCAUGUCAUAACACAGGACAAGGUUGUUACCCGACGUCUCCGGUCACGCAUGGAUUGAGCGCAAUGUGGCGAUUGGAGAGUCAGAUUGAACAUGCAUUGCGAUGA